AUGACACGCAAAAGGUUUUCGGCCAAGAGCCUUCCUGAGGACAGUAUCGAGUCGCGAGUUAGGAGAAGCUCUCGUCAUCAAAGAGGAUCUAAGUUAGGUGAAGCUGAAUUGGCGAAGAUAAUUCAAUCAAGGCAGUUGCAGGACAGAUCAGCAUAUGGUCGUUAUUAUAAGGAGAGGAGACUUGUUGAGGAAGGGGGAGGGCCGUUGGAGCCACCACCGACGCCGGUGUCACCGGAGCGAAUUAAGGGAAAACCGUCACCUCAGUUACACGAGGGAAGUGCGAGAUCGAGUGGGAUCCGGCAAGCAGUUCGAGAGGCUGUAGCGUCGGUCGAGAUAGUUCCUGAGGUUGCCGUUGCUGAGAGUAAAGGGAAAGAUGUUGAAAUGGAUAUUAGUGCUGAUGGAAAAGGCGCGCAAAAUGUCGGUCGACCGACGAAGAGGAAGGACCCGGCAGAAGAGCUUAUGGAGGCGGCGGAGAAAAAAGCUAGAAGUAUUCUGUCACAACCAGUCGUUGACCGGGAAUAUCCUAGCAGGUUGGAUGUGAUCAUACCAGCUAAUAGAGUCCGACAGCGUCGCAAAGUUGUUGAAGGAUUUGCUAGUGCGGUGGAUAAGGGCGUCCGAGCGGAUCAAAUGAGAAGUUCUGUCAGUGAAUUUGCCCGGGAUGCUGGCGAGCGAUUGGAAGCGAAGAUAUUCGUGAAGGAAGAAGCUGCGAGUGAAGGUGGAUGGUCAAAUCUAUUCGUUGACAUAAUAUGA